UCGGCGGAAAGAUGUCCGGGUCGUGCGCGGCGGCGGAGGAGAAGGCGGGCUCUAGACAGCGUCUCCAAGUGAAGGUGGAUGAAUAUAAAGAAAACCAGAACAUCUCUUAUGUAUCUCUGAGACCAGUUUUAGAAAAAACAGUUAAGGUGUGUCUUGUCCCCUUUUCACUCAGUGAUUACAAGCUAGACCAACUUAAGCUCUCCAAAUCCCUAUUAGAUAAGAAUUCUAACAGUGAAGUGAUAUGUAAGAAAUAUAAGGAGCCUGAAAUAAAGAAGACUUUCAGAAAGAUUUUAACUCCAAAGAUGAAAGCCACCACAUCUUCUAAGACAGAAUCCACUCUGCAAAAAUCAUCCUUAGAUGUUCACACAGAAAAUAACAAACGACAACACAUGAGCACUUCGGAUACAGCCAUUCUCAGUGUUGAUAUGGAAGGCAGUCAGGAUGGAGACAGUGAUGAAGAUACCACAUCAGGCCUGGAUGGUUUUUCAGGAUUGUCACCAUAUGAAAGGAAGAGACUGAAGAAUAUAGCAGAAAAUGCAAACUUUUUUGCUUCGCUUCAGUUGUCUGAGUCAGCUGCAAGGUUCCGUGAAAUGGUAAAGAAGAGACAGCCUUCUGAAUCUAAAAGAAAGAAGCCUAAGAAGAGAGAAAAUGGAACUGAAUUGAGAAGGUCAAUGCGAUUACUAAAUGUAGAUCCUUCAGGAGUUUCGUUACCAGAAACCCCAAUCCAGCCAACAGUAGUUGUGGAUGAAAAUCCUUUGUUACCUCCUGGGCCUUUAGAAAUGACCCCUGAAAAUCGAGAUAGCAGUGAACUAUUUAAAGGAUUUCUGCAGACUUGGGAGGAAGUGAGCAAGACAAGUAGUAAGAAUACUGAGAAGGAGUUAUCUAGCAUUAAAAGCUAUAAAGCCAAGUUAGAUGGCAUGGUCAUUAGUGAAGAUACUGUUUGUAAAGUUACCAAAGGUUCGAUAUUAUCUAUGGCUCUUCAUCCAUCAGAAAGUAGAACUUUGGUGGCAGCUGGGGCCAAAUCUGGGCAAGUUGGACUUUGGGAUUUGACUCACCGACCUAAAGAAGAUGGAGUUUAUGUUUUUCAACCCCAUAGUCAGCCAGUUAGCUGUCUUUACUUCUCACCUGCCAAUCCGGCUCACAUACUGUCAUUGAGUUAUGAUGGCACAUUACGCUGUGGGGAUUUUUCCAAGGCUGUUUUUGAAGAGGUAUACAGAAAUGAGAGAAGCAGCUUUUCCUCCUUUGACUUCUUGGCAGAAGAUGCCUCCACUUUACUAGUAGGACACUGGGAUGGAAGUAUGUCAUUGGUGGAUAGACGGACACCUGGAACUUCUUAUGAGAAACUUAUCAAUUCUUCUUUGAGAAAAAUAAGAACUGUUCAUGUUCACCCACUGCAUAGACAGUAUUUCAUGAUGGCAGGAUUAAGCGAUGUUCAUAUUUAUGAUGCAAGGCACCUGAAUCCCAAGGGAAGCCAGCCGUUGAUUUCUUUGACUGAACACACAAAGAGCAUUGCUUCUGCUUAUUUUUCACCUCUUACUGGUAACAGAGUAGUGACCACAUGUGCUGAUUGUAAGCUGAGAAUUUUUGACAGCAGCUGUAUAUCCUCUCAGAUUCCUCUUCUCACCACCAUCAGGCACAACACCAUUACUGGGCGAUGGCUGGCCAGGUUCCAAGCUGUGUGGGACCCUAAACAAGAAGACUGUGUCAUAGUUGGUAGCAUGGCCCAUCCACGACAGGUGGAAAUCUUCCAUGAGACAGGAAAGUGGGUGCAUUGUUUUCUUAGUGGAGAAUGCCUUGCCUCUGUGUGUUCCAUCAAUGCUAUGCACCCAACUCGGUAUAUUUUGGCUGGAGGGUUCUGUCAAAGGACAUUUAGAUUGUUUCUACAUCUUGGCAAUUGUGAGUAAUGCUGCAGUGAACAG